AUGUCGGUGACAGCGGGAGUGAGUGACACUGUAAUUGCCAUUAGGGAUAAACUUAGGGGUAAAAUUGGACAGACUAAGGUCAAAAGGUAUUGGCCUGGUAAAGUUCCUGAGUGGGCAGAGGAAGCUGAUGAAGAAGGGGAUAUCAGGAUGUCCAGGGCAGUUGCCCUGGAGAAAGCUUUUCCUACUCAUGAAGAUUCAGAUAUUAGCAAGAAAGAUGAUCCCAGGUUGCGGCGUUUGGCCGAGAGCAGGAUAGAUAACCGUGAUGAAAUCAGAGCUGAUCACCGUCGCAUUCGACAAGCUGAGAUCAUUUCUACCAUUGAAGAGGAAAACAGAAGACAGGAGGGUCUGGAAGCAGAAGAAGAGGAUGCAGAGGCUUUAGAAGAACGGAGAAAAAAGAUAAGGGCGAAGUUGCUUCUGAGGGAACAAGAAGACGCAGCGCUCCUUCCUGAAGAGGAGGAGGAGGAGGAAGAGGAGGAGGAAGAAGAGGAAUCUGAGUAUGAGACGGACUCAGAAGAAGAGACGAAAGGUAUUGCCAUGGUGAAGCCGGUUUUUGUCGUCAAGUCGGAGAGGGAUACUAUAGCUGAAAGACAGCGGCUUGAGGCGGAAGAAAGAGCCAUCGAGGAGCUAAUGAAGAGGAGGCAAGAGGAGAGAAAGGCGGAGACGAAGCAGAUUGUGGUUGAGGAGAUCCGGAAAGACGAAGAAAUCCAAAAGAAUCUGGAAAUGGAGGCGAACAUUGGUGACGUGGAGACUGAUGAUGAGCUUAACGAGGCUGAAGAGUAUGAAGCCUGGAAAGCAAGAGAGAUUGCAAGGAUCAAGAGGGAUAGAGAGGACCGUGAAGCAAUGUUGAAGGCAAAGGAAGAGAUUGAGAAGGUGAGAAACAUGACAGAGGAGGAAAGGAGGGAGUGGGAAAGAAAGAAUCCCAGACCUGCUUCGGCGCCGAAGCAGAAGUGGAGGUUCAUGCAGAAGUAUUACCACAAGGGUGCCUUCUUCCAGUCAGAAACCGAUGACCGUGCUGGAACAGCUGGAUCGGAUUACAUUUACGGCCGCGAUUUCUCUGCUCCAACCGGAGAGGAUAAAAUGGACAAAACUAUUUUGCCGAAAGUCAUGCAAGUCAAGCACUUUGGUCGGAGUGGAAGGACGAAGUGGACUCAUCUUGUUAAUGAAGAUACAACUGAUUGGAACAAUCCUUGGACCUACAAUGACCCUCUCAGGGCAAAGUACAAUGCGAAGAUGGCUGGAAUGAAUGCUCCCAUAUCGAAACCCAAAGGAAGCAAGAAAUUGAAGGACUGGGAGUCUCGAUGAGUUGUUGAACUGCUGAGGAGUACCCCGUAAGGCAAGAUAUCCUCCUUAGGUGUCCUGUAGCUGAGACCAUAUGUCUCUCUUGGCUGAGGCAGCACUGGAUAAUAUAAGAAGGGUUGACGCCCUGAAGAUGCAGAUAUUGAUGCAAUAUUGAUGGUUGGAAGAAGUCCAGCACGUUAGAUAUUUUACAUUUAAUUAGUGACUGAUUUGUCUAGACAGAUCUAUUUUCUGGCGUUAUAUUUGUAUGGUCGCCAACUUUCAGUUCCUUCCCCAGUAUGUUUGUCUAUGCUAGUUAGUUGGGGAACCAGGGGAGAGAGGCUUAGGAAGCAAGAAGCAAUGCAUGAUGUCACGUGGAGCCUCCGAGUGUUGCAAGGAUAAAUCGAGAAUGGUUUUGGUUUGUUUCGACAA